UGGCUAUAGGACGACGGCGACUCAAUACGGGCUCGUCGGAGUGGAGGUGCGGGGCGCUCGGUCCCGGUCAUGCUCGCGAGUCAUCGAUCGUGGCUUGGCGCAUGGGAUGCUGAUCUUGUUGAUCUACGGUGACCCACGACAUGAGAUGCUAGCCCGUACGCUGUGCCUUGUGCCUUGCCGCGGAGAGCGGCGGUUUUCCUACCGUGUGUGCCGCACCGCUCUGGCCUACCGUCCGUGACCGGGCGGUCAGAUGUGGUCCUGUAUGAUGCGGUCUCGAGAUGAACGCUAAUCUGUGCUCUGCGAGCGAUCGUGGCACAAUGCGUGUAAGUACAGCGUGGUGCGCCAGGUGGAACUGGGCGGACGCCAAAUCCAGGCCAGACGGACAUGGCGCCGGACGUGAGCGUAAUCGGCGGCGGCGGCGCGGCCGGCCACCUACCUCUCUGGCCGCACGUGUCGUGGCAUGCCACGGCGCCGUGUCACCGCGCAGGUAUGCCAGGAAUGUCUGGCGAUGUCGCUCUGGCCGACGAUGGCCUGACCUGGUGUGAGGGUGCCUCGGCGAUGAUGUCAGUGGCGAGAAGUCCCGUCUUAUCGCGCCGCGGCCGGACAGCGGGCGGAUAGCGAUAGCCGCCGUGCUGGGCGCUCCUAUCAGUCUGCCGCCAACCUGCUGCGGUGCACCAUCAGCGGUGAGGGGAGCGAGGUUGAGUCAGGCAGGCUUGGCGUGGUAAAUCGGGACGAAGAUCUGCGGAAACCCCGUUCACCAACAAACACGACAUGCAGGCCGGCCGGAAGGGAGGGCGCGGGCGCCAUUGUGCCUGUUCCGCUGCAGCUCUUGCGAGUCUCUGCCAGCUGGGUUGCUAAGUCCUGGUGGGGAUCACAAAGAUUCACUCACUCACAGCACCACCUGGAGCCACACACGCGAGGUACCGCAGCGCCAGCGACGCCGGCCACGCCGCCGAAGGGCAAAAUGCACGCCUGUGGGGUCACUGAGCGCCCGCCGAGGCCACGCGGCCGCCGCCGGCGCCGAUUUCCCGGCCGUGUUUUCCCGUGACAGGUCGGUUUGUUUGCACGUCGCCCGGCAGAGGGACGCGGCGACGGGGCAUGUCACAGCGCACGUCACCCGGGUCCGGCGGAUGCCGGGAGCGCCGGCCCGCCAUGGUGGCGGGGCGCGCCGGCGUCCCAUGCAGUCCCUGCUGAGUCACGAGUCAAGCCGAUAAAGCCGUUCCGGGCAGACUUUGUCCUCGGACAGCGUCUGCAGUUGAGGUGUUCCCGCUGGCCGGUUGCCUGUCGUGAGGGAACGAUUUAUGAUAAGGCAGGAAGGGUGUCAUUCCUAUCUGCGCAUCAACAUCAAGAGGUGAUGUAGGUCAUGAUGUUGGCCGUGAAUGCGUGCAAACGGAGCAGUUCGAUUUGUGUCAACUUGCUGGCCUGCGGGAAAGCAGGUGACCGACCCGAGCGGGGAGCCGGAAAUCACCCUUCCAGACUCGCCACCCAACGGCCUGACCACCACCGACUCCAAGAUGGGGCCUCUCGCCAAGUUCGCCAGCCUCUCCCAGGCGUCUGACGCGCUCGGCGGAAAUUCGCAGAUGACGUCCAACACGACCAACACAGCGACGCGGAUGGCCAAGCGGUCACAGGUGCUGUCGAGCCGCGCCACGGCCAGCUCGGCGUCCGAGCUGACGGCCUCGCUUGGCGGCCAGAUCAGCUCGGCGCUCAAUAGCGCCCAGAGCGAGCAGCAGAGCUUCGGACGAAAGGUCACGCAGGCGCAGGUCGGCAUGACCAACGGCCUGUCGGCGGAUGUUGCGCGCUUGGCCAACUCCUCCUCCUCCGCCUCCAAGGCAGCGGGCACACAGGCGGGCGCGGCCUCUGCCGGCGUGCUGGAGGCACAGGCGCAGGCGGUUAAGGCGCUGCAGACGAAGAACUCUGUUCCGUCUCUGGCAUCGACGACAGACGCGCGCCAGUUGGCAGAGAGCUUCGACUCGCUCAAGAAGCUCUCGAUGGACCGCAUGCCCGACUCGCUGUCCAUGGAGAACCUGGACGACCGUGACCUACUCAACAUCAAUCUGGGCGGCGGCGGCGACGGUGCUGGCCGCGACCCUAACGUCAAGGUGUUUGAACAGAAGCAGUCGUACUCAACAUCCAACAAGAAGCUUGUGACCAACGACUUCAGCACAGAAGAGGCCACCGCCAAUCGCGAGGAGAUGACUCGCCUGGAGGAGGGCGAUAACUCCUACCGCGAGAACAAGGCCAGCUCGGACAUGCGCGCCCGGCUCGAGCUGAACGGCGUCACGGCCGAGAAAGGCCUGUCGACCCGCCAGGAGGAGCGCCACCUGAAGACGGGUGACGUGACCCACGACGAGUCGAGGUCAGCGGCCGUAGCCGGCGCCAAGCUCUCCACCGACGCCUUCAGCACGGAGAAGGUGACCAUGGCUGAGGACCAGCAGCGCCAGACCAAGACAUCUGUGGGCGUGGUCAACAAAGAGCAGCACAGUCACGCCGCCACCCACUCCAAGGUCACCAUCAGCAAGCAGCAGGGCGUCACCACACCGACCAGUCCGGCUGUGGCGCUGGCGGUGGAGGAGCUGGGGCGACUGCAGCGCACCACCAACCCGCUGGACGUCAGCCGAGCCGUCAACCGAUGCUCGCAACAGGUGUCGCAGCUGCUGCGCGGCCUCGACCACCAGCAGCGGCCGCAGCGGGCGUCUAUGCUCGACCAGAUGGACAUCAUGAUGCGCAGCGCCUGGACCGUGCCCACAUACGGCCACGAGAUCGGCAGCUCACUCUGCGACGUCAUCAGGGACAACGGCGGCCUGGACGUGCUCAUCAGCUCGUGCAACACGGGCAGUAAGGAGAUGGACCUUAAAAGUGCGCGCGUGCUCGGCCAGUGUCUGACGACGACAAAUCGUCAUUACGUGGUGGAGCGCGGGUUGGACAACGUAGUGCAGACGGCUUGCCGCACGUGCUCUGACAAUUCGGACGAGCAGGAGUCGCGCGUCGGCACCGGCCUCCUCGAGAACCUCUUCAAGCACAGCGAGGACACGUGCAGUGACGUGGUGCGCAUGGGCGGACUGGACGCCCUCCUUACCCAGUGCAAAACCAAAGACGUGGAGACGCUGAGGCACUGCGCCUCAGCGCUGGCCAACCUUUCACUUUACGGCGGCCCCGACAACCAGCAGACCAUGAUGGAGCGCAAAGUGCCCAGUUGGCUCUUCCCGCUCGCCUUCCACAACGACGCCAACAUUAAGUAUUACGCGUGCUUGGCCAUCGCCACUAUGGUGGCCAACAAGCAGAUCGAGGCAGCCGUGCUCAGGUCUGGCACGCUUGAGCUGGUCGAGCCGUUCGUGACCUCGCACGACCCGGACGAGCUGUCCAAGUCGGCCAUGACGGGCCUCACCGGCCUGACUGGGCAGUCCAAGAACUGGCUGCGCCGGCUCGUACCCGUGCUCUUCUCCAAGCGCGAGGAGGCACGCAAGCUGGCCGCCUUUCACUUCUGCAUGGAGGCCGGCAUCAAAGUGCGCCAAGGCUGCCCGGAGGUUUUCGAGGAGAUCGGCGCCAUCAAGCCUCUGAAGCAGGUGGCGAGCUCGCCGAAUGCGGUGGCGUCCAAGUAUGCGGCGCAGGCGCUCCACCUGAUCGGCCAGGAGGUGCCGCACAAGCUGAGCCAGCAGGUGCCGCUCUGGAGCGUCCGCGACGUCUGCGAGUGGGUCAAACAGAUCGACUUCUCCUCGUUUGCGGAAGCCUUCGAGACCUCGCGUGUCGACGGAGACCUGCUCCUGCGCAUAUCGGAAGACAUGCUGAAGGACGACAUCGGCAUCACCAACGGCAUCCUCAGGACCCGUUUCAUGCGUGAGCUCAACUGCCUGAAGAAGAUGGCCGACUACGCCAGCUGCGACCCCAGCGGGCUCAACGCCUUCCUGCAGGCCAUCAGCCCAGAGCUCAGUGUGUACACGUACCUGAUGCUGACGUCAGGCGUCGACAAGGACUAUCUCAGGUAUCUGAAUAACGAACAGCUGUUAUACGAGUGUAAUGUCACCAACUCCAUACACCGACUGCAAAUACAGCAAGCCAUCAAAAACGAGUCGGCGCCGCCGGAGCCGGAGGACGACCUCAGCAAGACGCUCGACUGUUUCAUCUCGUACCGGCGCUCCAACGGCUCUCAGCUGGCGUCGCUGCUCAAGGUGCACCUGGAGCUGCGCGGCUUCUCCGUCUUCAUCGACGUCGAGCGGCUGGAGGCGGGCAAGUUCGACAACAACCUGCUCAACUCGAUCCGACAGGCGAAGAACUUCAUCCUGGUGCUGACACCGUCGGCGCUCGACCGGUGCAUCGAGGACGUCGACCAGAAGGACUGGAUACACAAGGAGGUGUACGCCGCCCUGCAGUCCAAGUGCAAUAUCAUUCCAGUCAUCGACAACUUCCAAUGGCCGGAGGCGGAGGAACUGCCGGAGGACAUGCGGGCCAUCUGUACCUUCAACGGCAUCAGCUGGAUCCACGACUACCAGGACGCGUGCGUGGACAAGUUGGAGCGGUUCAUCCGCGGCGAGGUGGAGCGCCCCGACGGCCGGUCCGUGCACCCGGGUCGAUUCAGCCCGCUGGCCGGCGGCCGCUGCCAGACGCCUGCCUCGCGCGGCCAGAGCCCGUGUCGGUUGGCGCCGGCCAGCACCGCUUCGCCGCGCGUGCUGCGGCCGCGCCGCUACCAGCAGCGGCUGUGCCCAGACGGCUCCAUGGCACGCAGCCGCAGCAUGGACGCCAUCCUGGAUGGCGGCACGGGCCGGCGGCGGGCCGCGGGGGGCUCGCGACGUAUCGGAGAGUCGUCAGGGGAGUCGCCAGGGGAGUCCCAUCGCCGGCCAUGCAAAAGAGCUUGUGUUGGAGACAGAGCAGCGUGUCGUGCCUGAUGCUGAAGACGGCCCGCCUUCUGAAGAGAGGACGUCGGACGAGACGGAUCAGAGUGUCGAUGGGCAGCGGGACUCGCCGCGACUCGGUCUGCCUGAGGCGGUCGAGUCGAAGGAGGCCGCUCGUCCAGCGGGGCUCUCGCGGCAGCCGACGGAACUAGCGGCCAGGAGGCACAGCAAGCCGCUUCCGACGCUGGUGCUGAGUGCACCAUCCUUUGAGGCUCCGCAAUCGCUGUCACCGGGCUCGGAGCGAGAGCCAUCUGUUGACAGCAGAACAAGUAAACGUUCCAACUUGACCCGCCAGAGCCGGCUGCGCAAGUCCAACUUGGUGGGACGUGCACUCACUAAGGUUCGGUCCGCCAUUACCAAAGAGAACAAGUAAUUAGCUCACGGAUGAUUACACCGCAAGAUGAACGCAUGAUGACUACCACGUAUUCUGAUCCCCAACUUAUAUGUUUUGUUUUGUGUACUCAGUACGUCAAAGGCAAGUGUGAAGCAAUCACGCUCAUGAAUGCUCGUCGUGGCAAGGGCUUGCAUGUACACUGCUAAAUAAUGGACUGGAUUCGAUGAAAUUAUUUUUACUCGAAUGCUUACUGUGCAAAACGUUUACUACAGAGGCAUGUUCUGCAUGUGAUUGAGUGGUAUGUUGCCGUGAAACAAAACCUGUUCGCAACAUGACUGCAGCUCGCGGUGCGACACACUUGGCCGAUGGCUGCAGCUCGCGGUGCGACACACUUGGCCGAUGGCUGCAGCUCGUGAUGCGACACACUUGGCCGAUGACCCGUGAAUGCACUCCUGUUUCAGCUAUUCUCACCCAUGUUUGUUUAUGUGACACUGCUCCGUAUAGUUUUAUCACAUGACCUGUCAUCAUCAUCAUCAGUCGGUCUCUUAUCAUUACGUGAUUAAUAUUGCCAUGUACGAAUAAAUUGUGAAAAGCCCCAUGGCUUCGUGUA